AUGUCUGACAGUCCUGACGAGCUCUCAGAACCAUUUGUCACGCAGGCGACGCUUCCAUGGAACCCGCCGGCUUCCUACCGGGUACCGAACGUUCCCCAAUCGUCAGUUACCACACAGCCUACACAGAUCUUAUCCACGCCCCACAAGCCUCGCGUCCGCGUACAAGUCGCUCGCAGCUCUCCGGCCGCAGAAUACUACCAAUCCUCUCAACGGUCGCAAGUGCCAUCGUCAGAGCGCCCAAUGAACUUGAUGGCACCACCUGGCACGUACACGCUGCUACCGCCAUCCAUCCCUCGCCCAAAGCCGGUCGACCUCACGUCCGAUCCCCCGGUGGAGCCUGACUCGCAAGAAGAAGACAUUGGCGGGUCUAACAUACGACCCUCUAACUUCGAAAUUCGCUCCAUCACGCGGGUAGACGAGACUCCACAGCGGGCCACGUUUGGCAUGGAUAUGUCACGCUAUGCCUAUGAUCCGAACUCGGGCAUGCACCGUAAGCGUCUGGCCGACGAUUUGAGUAGCUCCCCCCAGCAUAAGAAGAUGCGUCCAGUACCGCGACAGUCUGGACCGUCUCGAGCCAUGCCCGUGCCGGAUGGGAGUACGCACACCAUUCGCCCUGAUGACAUGAGGAAACUCAAUAGGCUUCAGGCUAUCUACUUCCGCCAUUCUCAACAAGAGCUCGAAGAUGCUCUCAAAGCCAACAAUUGGGACUUCGAUGCCGCGAGUAGGCAGCUGGCGCAGGCAUCUGAGGACGAGCUGAGUCAGGACCCUUUGAAGUUCUUGCAUAAGAGGCCGGUUGGUGUAGCUUUGCCGACGACUUCAUCGGCAUACCAACCGAAGAAGACGGCUCAACGUGGGCUUAAUGCUCCGAUCCAGAGCAUCCAGGAGAAGUUUUCCACCGUGCGGCAAAGCCAGAGCCAGUCGCAGCCUCGGGAACAAAUUAUCAUGUCGGUAACACCUGAAAAACCGAAGAAGGGGCGUCUUAUCAAGCGACCCAAAGCGAACGUUCCAGUUGAUUCAGAUGAAGAUGAAGGAAUACGCAUAAUCAGCGACGACGAGUCCGAGGCUGACAAGAUCGAAGAGGAGCUAGAUGAGGAAGGGUUGUUGAAGUUCUUUAAUAGCUGCUCCGUUGAAGCGAUGGUUGAUCUUUCCAACCAGAAAGAGGAGGACAUUCGCAAGCUGUUGGAGCACCGUCCUUUCCGAUCACUCGAAGAAAUAGAGGAGAUUCAUGUUGGCUCGCAAGAGACGAAGAACGGGAAGAAGGCCCGGAAGCCCAGAGUUACGUUUGGCCACAGACUGGUAGAGUCGGCUUCGAACAUGUGGAACGGUUUCAAUGCUGUCGAUCAGCUGGUGAAUCAAUGCAAGGACCGCGGCAAGCCGAUUGCUGCAGCCAUGGCCACCUGGGGAGUAGAUGUCUUCGGCGCAGCAAAGGACGGUGAGCUUGCGCUUACGAGCCUCGAGACCCUGAAUGAAUCAGCCUCUGCUCGCGAUUCUGGACUGGAAACUCCGUCUGGUGCUGGGACGCCUUCGAGUAGUCACGUCAGCGACCAAGAUACCGAUUCUCUUAGGAAGAGCACGAAUGCUAACAACACGGCGCUAUUGAAGAAGCCAGCUGUCAUGAAGAAGGAGAUAGAACUCAAGGACUACCAGAUUGUUGGCUUGAACUGGCUCAACCUUUUGUGGGAGAAUCAGGUCUCUGGAAUUUUGGCCGACGAUAUGGGCCUCGGAAAGACAUGCCAAGUUAUCGCUUUUCUCUCCCAUCUCUGGGAGAAGAAGGUGCCAGGUCCCCAUCUUGUUGUGGUUCCUGGCUCUACCCUGGAGAACUGGCUGCGGGAGUUCGAGAACUUCGCUCCAGAGCUGAAGAAGCACGUGGAGCCGUAUUAUGGGCUGCAAGCCGCGCGGCACGAGCAACAGGCCGUCAUCUUGGAGAAUCUGAACGAUAUAUAUGUUAUUGUGACGACGUACGAUUUGGCUUUCAAGCCCGCCGACAACAAGUUCCUACGUCAAUGCAAGCCGCAGGCUUGUAUUUUCGAUGAGGGCCACGUGCUUCGCAACUCCGACACCCAGCGCUACAAGAGCCUGAUGAGAAUCCCGGCGAAGUUCCGGCUCUUGCUAACAGGUACACCCCUACAGAACAGUUUGCGCGAGUUGGCCUCCAUCCUGGCAUUCAUCAUGCCUGAUAUCUUCAGCGAGGUCAAGGACAAGCUAGAAGUGGUAUUCAAGCAUAAGGCCAAGGUCAACGAAGCGGAUACACAUGAAGCAUUACUGUCCACUCAGCGUAUUGAUCGAGCUCGCAGUAUGAUGACGCCUUUCGUUCUCCGCAGAAAGAAGGCACAAGUGCUCAAGCAUUUACCAAAGAAGACGUGUCGCGUGGAAUACUGUGAGCUCACAGAGUUGCAAUCGAAACUGUACCAGGAACAGCUGGAGAGACAGAAGCAGGUCCUCCUUGAGCGAGCAGAGGGAAGACAGCCGAAGGACCACGCCAAUGUCAUGAUGAAGCUCCGUCAGGCUGCGAUCCACCCGCUGCUGUUCCGCCAUCACUACACGGACAGUGUGAUCAAGAAGAUGUCGAGAGCCUGUAAGAAGGAGGAGACAUUCAAGGACAGCAACGCGGAUAUCAUCUACGAAGAGCUGCAGUUGUACCAGGACUACCAGUGUCACCAGUUGGCGACAAAGUAUCCACAGGCUCUGGGCAAGUUUGCGCUCAAAAACGACGAGUGGAUGGAUUCUGGCAAGGUGAAGAAGCUGGCUGAGCUCCUGAAGAAAUACAUCGCAAAUGGUGAUCGGACGCUCGUUUUCUCGCAAUUUACGUCAGUCAUGGAUAUUCUUCAGUGGGUGUUGGACACACUGGAUAUCUCGUAUUCACGGUUGGAUGGUCAAACUCCGAUUGUCGAGCGCCAGGCACUACUGGAUCAGUUCUACAACGACGAGUCGAUCAACGUCUUCAUGCUCAGCACCAAAUCGGGUGGCGCAGGAAUCAACCUGGCGUGUGCGAACAAGGUCAUCAUCUUCGACUCGUCGUUCAACCCGCAGGACGAUAUCCAAGCCGAGAACCGCGCUCAUCGUGUUGGCCAGACGCGCGAGGUCGAAGUUGUCCGACUCGUCACGAAGGGUACUGUCGAAGAGCAGAUCCACGCACUUGGCGUGUCCAAGCUGGAGCUGGACAAGAUGGUAGCGGGUGAAGAGGGGACUUCGGACAGCAAGAAAGGGAACGGUGAUAAGAUCAGUGCUGCUGAAGAGAUGGGUAUUGAAGCUGUAGAGAGGAUGAUGCUGGAGCAGAUGAGGAGUGGUAGUGGGAAGGGCGAUGUGAAGGAAGAAUUCAUGGAUGGGUUGAAAGCUGCGGGACUGGACAUGUCUGCGGCUUGA